AUGUGGAAGCUCUUCACGCUCCAGGGAUCGUACAGAUGGAUAGACUCGCUGCCGCGCCUCUUGUCGAAUUACAAUCGUCGCAGACACAGAACGAUCCGAAUGCGUCCGGCGGACGUGACGCCCACCGUCGCCGAAAAACUGCUGCGCACGGUGUACGGUCGCGCGAAGAUAGCCGCGCCGGCGAAAUUUCGAGUCGGCGAUCCGGUGCGCGUGAGCAAAUUCAAAACGAUCUUCGAAAAAAGCUACACUCCCAAUUGGACCACCGAGAUCUUUCGCAUAGCCAAAGUACAAAGGACCAAUCCCGUUACGUAUCUGCUGAAAGACGUUCGCGGAGAAGCGAUAGCCGGAGGAUUCUACAAACACGAGUUGCUGCGCGUCUCCAAUCCCGACGUUUAUCUCGUGGAAAAAGUCCUACACAAGCGCGGCAAUCAAGCGUUCGUGAAGUGGCUGGGAAUGGACAGUUCGCACAAUUCGUGGAUAGAUAAGGUGUCUGUGUUGUAA